UGGGUGUAGAGUAUUCCAGGCUGUAGGCUCAGUCACUCUAUACCCCCGGAUCCGCUCGCUGGGCAGGACGGGGAGAGGGCCCGGAUAGAGUUGCCUUUGGCAUUUCCACCCCCCACCCUACCCCUGGGAAUUGUGUUGGACAAAGGACCCAACGUGGAAUGGCCUAGUUGGCUAGGCCCGACCCUCCCCCUUAGACAUGGCUAGGGGCUGGAAGCCAACACUGAGGUUGACUGUCAAGUGGGGAGAGGCUUGGCUAGGGCAAACCCUACCUGCCAGCGUUAGCCUGUGGCUGGCCAGAUGGUGGAGGCGGCAGAUUACAGGGGUCUCUAGCGCCACCGUUAACACCAGAACCACACUUCCUCCCCCACAGCCCCUGUACCAGAUGCUAUUAAAAUCGCCACUUCCCAUCCCCAAGAAGCCUUCCUGGGGCAAGUAGCAGCACCAGCCCUUGGGAAUACAGGCCUCACCAUGCCCACAGCCCCCUGAUGGAAGCCUGUCCCACCCUCUUGGCCACAAAGCUCCUUUUCUCUCCUGCAUUCAGAUAGCCAGUCAGACCAUUAGCUCCCUGUCAGGGUUAAGCUGGGAUUUUGGAUUCAGGCAACCCUGCUACCUAAGUGACUUCAAACAAGUUCCUUUUUCUGUUUGGGCCACUGUUUCCUCAUCUAUAAAAUGGGCACUGCAGCUGUGCCUCCUAUUCAGCAUUAUUGUUAGGGUUGGAUGCCAUGGUGGCAUUAGGGAGACCAACAGAGGGCCUCUGGGUUUUUGUCCUUCAUCAAAGAACCUCAGAACCCUAGAAAGUAAAAAUUCUCAAGACCUAAGUGUUUGAAAAGGCUUUUGAGGUCACCUUGGUGGGCUGGCCAUGCCUCCAGGGGUCAUGAGAUAGACUGACUUAAUAUGAAAGUUUUGAGGAUGAGCAAUCUCUGUCCUACUCAGAUAUGGACCCUUUCUCCCUAUUCCCUUAGUGCCCAGAAUGGGGCCUUGGUUGUCUCGAAUGAAUUGAAUAUAAAUGUACAGCAGGUCUGGCCUGGGCCACCUAAGGCCUUCUUUGGGUCCUGCUUAGCUUAAGGGCAUCAGCUAAAGGCUAUGCCUGCAUUUUCCAGGAAGGCUUUUCCAGCCUAUACCUACAGGAAGGGAAGUCCAUAGUAGGUUGGGGGAAUUUUGAAGGCUAAGUUGUAUGGGAUGAGAGGAAGGGAAUAAGAGGCUGUUCUAGACCAGCUGGAACUGACCAGUUUAGGGAGUUGGGGGAGGGAGCUCAGAGAAUAAGGCACUGAGAUAGAACCUCACUGGGGUGGGGGGGGCAUUAUGGGGAGCUGUAUGUUGACAUCUGGGAUAAAAAUUCCAAUCUGCACCUGGCACCUGGCAUUCUUGAUAAUCUCUUCAUGGGAGAGGUGGGGGAAGUGAGAACGCUGAGCAAUUCUGGUGUCUCCUUGGAAAUUGCUGGGGACUGGCAUCUGGGAGGAGUCUAAUUACUGUUUGCCAAUCUCCCUCUCUCCUUCCCUCCAGCUGGAGCAGAUGGGCAGCUGACAGGCUGGCAGUGUAUGUCUGUGUAUGCACGUUGCUGGUGCUAUUUCUUUGCUGGACUCUGCCCUGAGGGCUGAGACAGGAAGGGUCAGUAGCCUUGAACAGCAGGUUUGGACACACACCUCCUCCCAAGUCUGUGUUUCUCUGUAGUCAUAUCUGAAUCUUUAGCAUACAGUAUAUAAGAGUGGAUUGUGUAGUAGGGGGUGUCUGAUUGCCAGAGAGCUGGUAGGUGGGGGAGAGAAGUUGGCCCAAGAUGGGUGGGUGAAAUUUCCUAAAGCAGGUGGCUGAGGACUGAGGUUAGGAAAGAACAGAGCUUGGUAGUCAUAGGAUAGGCUUGGCUGAAAAUGGAAUCAGAAGGACAGAUGAGACCAUGUUUGCCUUGAACUUCAAUUUGCAAAGCUUACACUUCUGAACUUCAUCAUGGGGGUCAUGAGCAGCUCCCUAAACUAGGGAGAGAUGUAAUCUGAUAAGUGUUUUAGAAAGAUCACUAUAGUUGCUGUGAGCAGAAGGCAUUGGAGGAAAACAAGUUGAAAGCAGGGAGGCCUAUCAGGGAAGUGUUGCAACGAUACAGGGGAGAAAUGACAGUGCUCUAACUAGGGUAGGGGCAAACAGGACAGUGGGUGAGUGCUAGAGACAAAGCCAGAAGGUAGCUGGCCCACAGAUGUGGUGCUGGGAGCAGAGCAGGAAGGUGGGCAGGGAAAUAGACUUGGUGAUCCUGAUGGCUGAGAGCAGAAUGGAGUUUGAGAGCAAAGAGAGGGAAAUGUGAGAAGCCACCAAGCCCCCAUGCUAGGCUCCUGACCCCAGUCCUAAAGUCCAAACCCAACCUCGUCCCCCCUCCAAACCAGGCCCUUGGACUGAGUCUCGCUUUGAGUAUCUUCUCUAAUCUCCAGAUUUAAUAUGGCUUCUGACUCAAGAUUAAAUUCCAUGCCUGAACUGUUCCCCUUCCUCUCUCCUCUCCCACUCCCCGCACGGGGAAGCCAGCCUCCUGCUGUGUCAAAGGUCUUAAGGAGCUGGCUUGCUUAUCCCCCCUCUCCCACGAUGGCCACAUCUCUGGGAAACCAGGCCCUCUCCAGAUUCCUCCCCUUCUCUUCAGCCUGAACUGCCCCCAUGUGUGAUCCAAGGAGACCUGAUUAAUUCUGUGAUCCUGGACAGCUCCCUGACCCUGUCUGUGUUUGUUCCUCCACCAGGAAAAUGGUGAUGAAUAUUAUCUGCCCCUCCCCUUCAGCGUCCUAAUUUUGACAAGCAGUGGGGCCCAUGAGAAAGGGCAGGCCAAGUUCAGAUGGGCUUGUGUCUGGUGGCCCCACUGCCUGCUCCUUCCCUAACUGGGGGCUGAUGUCCCAGAAUCUUCAGGAAAAGAGCCAGGCCUACCCCCGCCGCCGCCCUGGGAGCCACACAGGUCGUAAGAGCCCCGAGGCCGUCGCAGCUGCAACCAUGUACACCUUCUUGCCUGACAGCUUCUCGCCUACCAAGCCCAAGCCGUCCAAAGAGCUGAAGCCGCUGCUGGGCUCCGCAGUGCUGGGGCUGCUACUGGUGUUGGCCGCGGUGGUGGCCUGGUGCUAUUACACCGCCUCUCUACGCAAGGCGGAACGCCUGCGCGCUGAGCUGCUGGACCUCAACCGCGGCGGCUUCUCCAUUCGCAACCAGAAGGGCGAGCAGGUCUUCCGCCUGGCCUUCCGCUCGGGCGCAUUGGACCUCGAUUCCUGCAGCCGCGAUGGCGCCCGGCUUAGCUGCUCUCGCACAGCGGAUGGGCGCCCGCUGCACUUCUUCAUCCAGACUGUGCGGCCCAAGGACACGGUCAUGUGCUACCGCGUGCGCUGGGAGGAGGCGGCGCCGGGGCACGCGGUGGAGCACGCCAUGUUCCUGGGCGACGCGGGGGCACACUGGUACGGCGGCGCGGAGAUGAAGACCCAGCACUGGCCCAUCCGCCUGGACGGCCAGCAGGAGCCUCAGCCCUUCGUCACCAGCGACGUCUACUCCUCCGACGCCGCAUUUGGAGGCAUCCUCGAGCGCUACUGGCUGUCGUCGCGCGCGGCUGCCAUCAAGGUCAACGACUCAGUGCCCUUCCACCUGGGCUGGAACAGCACGGAGCGCUCUCUGCGACUGCAGGCACGCUACCACGACACGCCCUACAAGCCGCCCGCCGGCCGCGCUGCUGCGCCCGAGCUCAGCUACCGCGUGUGCGUCGGCUCCGAUGUCACUUCCAUCCACAAGUACAUGGUGCGGCGCUAUUUCAACAAGCCAUCGAGGGUGCCAGCGCCUGAGGCCUUCCGGGACCCCAUCUGGUCCACGUGGGUGCUGUACGGGCGCUCGGUGGACCAGGACAAGGUGCAGCGUUUCGCUCAGCAGAUCCGCCAGCACCGCUUCAACAGCAGCCAUCUGGAAAUCGACGACAUGUACACGCCUGCCUAUGGCGACUUCGACUUCGACGAGACCAAGUUUCCCAACGCCAGCGACAUGUUCCGCCGCCUGCGCGACGCUGGCUUUCGCGUCACGCUCUGGGUGCACCCGUUUGUCAACUACAACUCAUCGUGCUUUGGCGAAGGCGUGGAGCGCGAGCUGUUUGUGCGUGAACCCACGGGCCGGCUGCCUGCUCUCGUGCGCUGGUGGAAUGGCAUCGGCGCCGUGCUCGACUUCACGCGUCCGGAGGCCCGCGACUGGUUUCAGGGGCAUCUGCGGCAACUGCGUUCGCGCUACGCCGUGGCCUCCUUCAAGUUCGACGCUGGAGAGGUCAGCUAUUUGCCGCGGGAUUUCAGCACCUACAGGCCGCUGUCUGACCCCAACAUAUGGAGCCGGCGCUACACAGAGAUGGCGCUGCCCUUCUUCUCACUGGCCGAGGUCCGUGUGGGCUACCAGUCACAGAACAUCUCGUGCUUCUUCCGCCUGGUGGACCGCGACUCGGUGUGGGGCUACGACCUGGGGCUGCGCUCGCUCAUCCCCGCCGUGCUCACUGUCAGCAUGCUGGGCUACCCGUUCAUCCUGCCCGAUAUGGUGGGUGGCAAUGCUGUGUCUGAGCGCACAGUGAGAGGCGGCGAUGUGCCUGAGCGCGAGCUCUACGUGCGCUGGCUGGAAGUGGCCGCCUUCAUGCCAGCUAUGCAGUUCUCCGUUCCACCCUGGCGGUACGACGCCGAAGUGGUGGCCAUCGCGCACAAGUUCACUGCACUGAGGGCCUCCCUCGUGGCGCCGCUGUUGCUUGAGCUGGCUGGUGAGGUCACUGACACGGGAGACCCCAUCGUGCGCCCCCUCUGGUGGAUCGCGCCCGGCGACGAGACGGCGCACCGCAUCGACUCACAGUUCCUUAUCGGAGACACGCUGCUUGUGGCGCCGGUACUGGAGCCAGGCAAGCAGGAGCGGGACGUCUACCUGCCCGCAGGCAAGUGGCGCAGCUAUAAGGGUGAGCUUUUCGACAAGACGCCAGUGCUACUCACGGAUUACCCCGUUGACCUGGACGAGGUCGCCUACUUCAUCUGGGCAUCCUGACCCAGCCCAGGACCCAGAAACCCCACAGCCCUAACCCCAGUCUUCAUGUAGGCCUCUAACCCUGCAUUGCAGCCACACCGGGUAUCCCCAGGAAGUCCCCACCUCUGUACCACCCACUAAGUGGGUACUGAAGUAAAUGUGCUGGAGCCAGCUCCUGUAGGUCCAGGGGAGAAGAUGCUAAAGCAACCUCCCACUCCAGUGCACAAUCCUAACAGCCCUCUUUCUCUCCAUACUCACUCCAGUCUACAGAAACCUCUUCCCUGGGCUGGGGGCAAGAGAGCACAGAGGAAAAAGGUCAGCUGUCUUACUGUUAAACACGGUUGGGUUUUAAAAGCACAGAGAGAAACCUCACCCUCCAUCCUGGCCUGAGUGGCCAUCUUUGUCCUUCUGAGGUGGUGACUUGAUCCUCUUUAAGGUCCCAAAAUAGCCCCCAGCCACACUUAGAAAGGGCACAUUUUCAGUGUUGGAAGCCAGGUCCUGAGUCCCCAGCACUGGCCUGACCUGUGGCUGACCUGGUCCCACCCCAGCUGGCGAGAAGAGACAGAGGUACUUGGCCAACUGACAAGGUCCCCUCCCAAAGGACAGGUGGAGUAGGCUUAGCACAGGGCCAUCAUCAUUGUCCCUCAUUUGUGAAGAGCUCCUAACACCGCACUUAUGCAUCUGUGUACACACAUGGUUCAGCCCUGGGCCAGGGCCACUGCCUGAUGGGCAAAGACUUGCAAAGCCAUGCAGGCCAGACUUGAUGCCUUAACUCAAGAAUGUAUGUGUGUGUGUGUGUGUGUGUGUGUGUGUGAGAGAGAGAGAGAAGGGGGGGCACCAUAUGUCCUUGGUGCAGUACCUCCGAGGCUGCUUAAGCCUGGAGGGAGAGGGCAGGGAGCAAAUUUGAGGUUUUGAUUGUUGAUUUGGUCCCUUCCUAGGUGAUGUCUCUGGGACUCGAGUAGGAAAUAAACAGUCCUUUCCAGAUUCCUCAGCUGCCUCACUCUGCACACGUGAGGUGUGGCUUAAAAGGGAGUGAUGUUAGGGACUUCCCUGGCAGUCCAGUGGUUAGGACUCUGUGCUUCCAUUGCAGGGGGCACAGGUUCGAUCCCUGGUCUGGGAACCCCACAAGUGGGAGUGCAGCCAGAAAUAGAAAAAAAUAGGGGGAGGGAGCGAUGUUCUUAUUCUGGUAGUGGUGUGCUUUAGCACAAAAACUACCGCGCACAUCGCCACCUACAGAUAUACAUACAGGGUAAGGUCUUUUAUUUUAGCUCUUUUCCCUUUCUAAGAAAAGCAACCUCAGCCAGAGUGAGUUUCUCCUGACUUUGCAGCUGAGUCUGGGGAAGGAGUGGCUUGCCAGAUGAGGGAGGUGGGAAACAGGGCAGGGGUCAGCUUCCCUUAAUGGCUUGGACAGCAGAAUCAGUCCCUCACCCCCUAGAGAAUGCACCUCUUUGCCCACUCCUCCACCCCCUCUAUUUUCUCAGUGUGAAGAAUGCUAUGCUAAUGAAAGUUUAGGAGCACUCACCCAUGAUUCUACCACUCAUCUGCAAGCUGUAAGCUGCUUAACCUCACUGAGCCUCAGUGUCUUCAUAUGUAAAAUGGUGACAAUAAUGCUACCUCCCAGGUUGUUAAGGGAAUUAUAAGCACAGAUUUAUAUAAGGUGCCUAGCACAAGUAGGUGCUCAAUAAAAGCUAAUAUAAUGUU